GCGGCUUAAUUGGCGAGACUCAACAGCUGAUCAUGUUUUCUUUAGAAGUGAUUCUUUUUUGAGCGAAGUUGCACUUAUUCUACUCUUAAAAGCAAAACCCAAUAUACAUUUCAUAUUGGUAUCUGAUGAUUAACCGAUCAGCCUGAAAAUGGACGAGAACGGAGAGUUUCUUCUCAACAGUGACUGUCUCUUGGAGAUAAUUAAAUACAUAAAUGCUAACUGCAAAUCCAAAAGACCAAUUGAUUAUAAUGAUUUAAUUAACUUUGUAUUGGCGCAUGAAUUUUUCGUCGAGUUGCUUAAGGACCAUCACAAACGCCUUUACGAGGAUCUUGAGCUAGCACUUGUGUGCAGGAUAACGAAGUUUCUUAUAGAUCUUCGAAUCAACAAACAAUCAAGCGAAGGAAAUAAAUAUUUCUGGAAUUCCUAUCUACAAUCAGUUAGGGUAAGAAAUCCCUUUAACGUUCAAAUGUGUUUUAAAAAGGCUUCCGUAAACAUUUAUAUAAAGGGUAAUUCACCAGGAUUAAACCCAAAAUCAGAGACGUUAAGAUUCAACGGCAACAUUACUGCAAAAGGCCUAGCUGACAUUUUACACGCAAACGAAAAUUUGACAAAGCUGGGCUUGCAAAGCACACAAGUCCUUGGAAACCCUUCCGAUUUCAUAUCCCAUUGCUCUUAUCUCGAGGAACUGAAAAUCGGCUUAAUGAAGGGAGACGUUGCUGCCCAAUUGGCACCAUUUGCAAAGUUGCCCAAUUUAAAACAAGUAGUCAUUACUGGCUUAUACGAAAGCGGUUUGGAGAUGAUGUUUUUUAACGAUUUAAAUAAAUGGAGCAGGCCCAAGGGCUUUCGACCUUUGACAUUGAAAAUUGAAGAUAUUCUAACCGAUAUAUAUAACCGAUGUCCUAUUACAUUUUCGACUUAUGACUCAUUACGAUAUUUGGCCAUGUACAAACCCUAUGGGUGUGAAUAUAUUUAUAGACGUUCAAGAGAUUUUAAACGGAAUGCAGUAAUUAAAAUCGAGUACGACAUAAAUGAAAUACCGGAGGACAGCAAUUCAACACAGGAUAUUCUGACGACCUUAAAUUUUAGUCAGAAUGUCAAAAUUGAGUUUCACAGGAAUAAAGGAGAACUGGAGUUAAAGAUUAGCGAUGAGUCGCAGAUAAGUCAACUGGGUAAUUUAUCAAAGCUGCCUAAUCUAAGUCGUUUGAUCAUACAAAAUAAAUCCGGUUUCAGUGAUAAUCCCGAAUUUGCAAAAUUCCUGAAAUCUAUGGCACGAAAUGAGGCAUUGGCUUUAAAAUCUUGCAAAAUUAAUUAUGGAUCAAUUGGUGAAUUAGAGUGCAGGGAACUUGUAAAAAUAAAAACCCUUCGAUAUCUGGGGUGCCAUUUGUCAAAGGGGAAUUCGAUCCAGACUUUAAGUCAGCUACCAAACCUGCAACACGCGCUGAUUAAUGUCCGGCAAUAUUUGAAUUCCGAUACUUCAAUGGUAGACUUCAGUCUGCUAGCAUCAUGCCAGGUGCGAGGUACCAUAACUGGAUAUGACUUUGAUACGACCUUUAGAAAAAAUGAAAAUAUUUUAGAGAUUUGGUUUGGAGAUAACGGCCAUAAGGUUAAUAUUCCGAAAUCUCUUGCACAACUUGAUGGCAUAAACACUCUUCAGAUCUUAGGAUCCCCAGAUGUUGUAUCCUUAAAUCGACUCUUAAAAGUAUUCGCAGAAAAUUGUAGUAGCUUACAAGAAUUGGAUUUUUCAAAAACUAUUUAUCAACCAAUACGUUUUGAAGAUAUAUCAAAGGUAGCAGAUAUUCAAUCCAUUAAAAUAUUUAAAUGCCUUCAGUGUGAUAUAACUGGCAUUGAGAAAUUGGCCGACCUAAAUAAACUGGAGGAGUUGGAAAUAUCCGUGUUUACGCAAGGAGACCUUUCCGAACUUUUUACGAAACUGGCUGAGAGGAAUAUUAUUCGAUCUAUAAAAUGUGGUGAACUCGAUCGCGAAGAGGUUCUUAAGGUUUCCCGAAUAAAGUCAUUGAAAAAACUGGUAUGCCAUCUUAUCGACCCAGAAGAUCCACAUUCCUUGUCAGAGCUAGCUAACUCGAGUAUUGAAGAACUAAUUUUGAGGGCUCCAAGCGCUUCUCUUCAGAAAGUUGUUGCUAAAUUUUCUUGCAAUUUUACAAAUGUAGUUCAGCACCUGACCAUUAGCAAUAUUGACAUCACUGGAAAUGCUCAUAUUAUGAAAAUUAAAGUUUUCAAAAAGUCUACUGAAGCUCGCUAUUAUGAAGACAGGGAUUGGUUCAAUAUAUCAUGGAAUGUGUUCGAACUUAAAUCUGUACUUAAUCUUCAGAAAUUGGAACUUGGGGACGAUAUUGGUGUUGACCAAUGUAAAUAUAUUGUUGAACUAGAGCAUUUGGAGUCCUUAAAAUGUUCCUUGCUCAACGAGCAGGGCAUAGAAGAUUUAGCAAACAUAAAGAAUCUUAAAGAAUUAAUUAUUUGUAACUCAAAGGGUUCAGUAAGUGAACUUUUUCGAAAUAUUGCUCAUAAUAGUGAGUCUAAAUUACAAGAACUGCAUACACCGAUUACAUGUUCUGAUGAGAUUAGUGAAAUAUCGCAAAUCCAAUCAUUAAUAACACUAAAUAUAGAUUUCAAAAGCAUAUGUAACAACGUAUCAGAUCUAAGACAACUUAAAGAGCUUAAAUCAUUGCGUAUUUCUGAACAUAAUAAGUCUAAAAUAGACUGCAAUUGCGUAUUACCGAUUUGUCAAACUUGUCAAAAACUCGAUUGCGUCACAUUGGAUUUGGCUUGUGGAGGAAAAGUGGGUACAAACUUUGUAAGCGAUCUAAACGCCAUUCUAAAAUCAAUAAGGGAUCCAGUACUCCAGAGACCACUAAAAUUUAAUCUAAUUGAAAAAAGCGAAUUCCCGAAAUUUCAUGUAGAACCUAUCGAUGAGGCUUACUUGAACGUAUCCUAUUCAUAUAAAUCAAAUGAUUUUUUUUAUGAAUCCAAUUUUUUUUCCGAUGGUAGAGAGUCUGACGAGAGUGACAACUUUGAAUAUCCUUAA